AUGAAUUAUUAUUGUAGUUUAGCUAUAAAACCUAAACUAUUAUAUUUAGGUAUAAAAUUGUAUUUCUGUAAGGUGCCACCAGAGGGCGAUGGAAACAAAUUAACUAAUAAUUUAUCUCCAGCGCCCUCUGGUGUCCUCUUACAGAAAUACAAUUUAUCAAAAAAAGUUGCAAAAUGUAUCAAAGAACAACUUUCCCCAACAUACUUUAUACCUAAAUCUGAUAGUUUAUGA